AGAAAUUAUAUUGGAUUUGAUUUGAUUUAUAAGUUAACAAUGAUAUUCUAACUAUUUUCUAUUGAAUGUUAUAUAUAUUUUAGGUUGAAUUUUUAGUUGAUUUAUUUGAGAAUAUUUUAAUAUUCUUUUGAUAUUGCUCAUCUUUUUAUUUCCAUCCUGUUUGGGAAUGAUUGCUCUAAUUGAUUUGUUGAUUGAUAUAUUUAUGUUUUGUUUAAUUUUUUUUUAAUUUUUUCUUUCCAUGCAUCUAAAAUUCUGGGUUUUAGUCAGGUUAGAUAUGGUAAUAGAUGUCUUUUCCUAUUCAGUUUGUUCCCAAUGACUACAUUAUAGGUGUUUUUGAGUGUGCCUCAUGUGCAUAUGCAAAUAUGUUCAAGUAGAUUAGAUGUUAGUGGGUUUUAGGGUAUACUAUUCUAUCACUCUAUGAUUAUUAUUAUUAUGAUUCUAUGAGAUUUGUUGGAAGGUGUCCUUUCUUAUUUAAUUGUUUCCCAGGGAGGAUAGCAUAGGUGUUCUCGAUUGUGGUUGCUGGAUAUGUGUGUGAUAGAUAAUAGAUGAUGUAUACUAUGUGAUACAUAUUUUCCCACCCUUUCUUUGAGGUAUUCAAAUUCAAAUUCAAAUAUUUUGGUGAUUUGUUAACUUGUCUAUAAAAAGGGCUCCUUGGUUGUAUGAUUCAAUGCAACUCAUUCCUUCUCUCAAAUCCUUUGUUUCUGGUUUGUGUUUAUCUUUUUAGUUUUCUAUAUUAUGUUUGGUGGUUGAUCCAAUGCCUCCUCCCUUUGAUUCUAUCUCUAAGAUCCACCCUCCAAGGGAGGCAUGGAGACUCAAAGUUAGGGUACUAAGAACUUGGAUUGUUCCUUCUUUUAGAAAUCAUGAAGUUGCAAAUUCAAUGGAAAUUGUUCUUGUUGAUGGAGAUUCUAACAAAAUACAAGCAACUGUUAAGAAGCAGCUCAUAAAUAGGUUUAAAGAGAGUAUUAUUGAGGGUCAAACAUACCGAAUGUCAUAUUUUAGUGUUGUUCCAAACCAGGGCAAUUAUAGGGCAGCAGAACAUGAGUUUAAGUUGGUUUUUCUUAACCGUACAACUGUUAUUCCUGUCCCUGACGAUGAUAUCCCAAAGACAUGUUUCAGUUUCUGUCCCUUUGAUGAGCUUUUGAAAAUGACUGAAGAUUAUGUUUACUUAGUUGAUGUUAUUGGUUUGCUGACUUCUGUUGGUGAAGAGAAAGAGUAUGUGAAAGAUGCGAAAGUGAUGAAGAUGAUUGUUCUUGAGUUAUCUUCAAAAGAGUUGACAAUACGCUGUGCUCUGUUUGGGGAGUAUGUGGAUGAAGUGCAUCGUUUCUUAGGUUCUGGCUAUAUGGAGCAGCCAGUUGUUGUGAUCCAACUUGCCAAAGUUAAAUUCUUUAGGGGACAAGUUGGUCUCCAAAAUGUUAUGCAUGCUACUCGGCUGUUCUUUAAUCCAGAUUUAUGUGAAGUAGUUGAUUUUAAAAAUAGGUUAUUGGAUGCUAUCUUGUUAAAUAACAUGUUUAGUUGGUUUAUAUUUUUGGUUACAGUUUUAACUUGGUUAAUAUAA